GGGCGGGCGGACAAGAUGGCGGACGGGGACAGCGGCAGCGAGCGCGGCGGCGGCGGCGGCGGGUUCGGGACCGCCCGCGGCGGGGCGGGGGGGGCCGGCCCGGCCGCGGGGCCCGGCGGCGGCGGCGCGGCCGGCCCCGAGCAGGAGACGCAGGAGCUGGCGUCCAAGCGGCUGGACAUCCAGAACAAGCGCUUCUACCUGGACGUGAAGCAGAACGCCAAGGGCCGCUUCCUCAAGAUCGCCGAGGUGGGCGCGGGCGGCUCCAAGAGCCGCCUGACGCUCUCCAUGGCCGUGGCCGCCGAGUUCCGCGACUACCUGGGCGACUUCAUCGAGCACUACGCGCAGCUGGGCCCGUCCAGCCCCGAGCAGCUGGCGCAGGCCGCGGGGCCGCCGGGCGAGGACGGCGCCGGGCCCCGCCGCGCCCUCAAGAGCGAGUUCCUGGUGCGGGAGAACCGCAAGUACUACCUGGACCUGAAGGAGAACCAGCGCGGGCGCUUCCUGCGCAUCCGCCAGACCGUGAACCGCGGCCCCGGCGGCCCGGGGGGGUUCGCGGGCGGCCCGCCGGGGCUGCAGAGCGGCCAGACCAUCGCGCUGCCCGCGCAGGGCCUCAUCGAGUUCCGCGACGCCCUGGCCAAGCUCAUCGACGACUACGGCGGCGAGGAGGACGAGCUGGGCGGCCCCGGCGGCGGCGGCCCGGGCGGCGGGGGGCUCUACGGGGAGCUGCCCGAGGGCACGUCCAUCACCGUGGACUCCAAGCGCUUCUUCUUCGACGUGGGCUGCAACAAGUACGGCGUGUUCCUGCGGGUCAGCGAGGUGAAGCCGUCCUACCGCAACGCCAUCACCGUGCCCUACAAGGCCUGGGCCAAGUUCGGCGGCGCCUUCUGCCGCUACGCCGAGGAGAUGCGCGACAUCCAGGAGCGCCAGCGGGACAAGCUCUACGACCGGCGCGCCGGCCCGCCGGGACCCGGCAGCGGCAGCGGCGCCGGUGACGACUCCGACGGCGACGACGUGGACGACGACUGAGCCGAUCGAUCCCCCCAGCCCUCGACCCCGACGCCGGCCCCCCACCACCCCCCCCGAGCCCCGGGGCGAGCGGGUCCCCGAUCCCCCCUCCCAGCGACGGGGCACAGGGGUCCCCUGACCCCCCUCCCCGCAACAGCGACGGGGCCGAGGGGUCCCUGAGCCCCCCUGCCCCCUCCCAGCGACGGGGUGAAGGGGUCUCCAAACCCCCCCCCGGGUCUCCGCUCCCAGCAACGGGACGGAGGGGGUCCCCGAGCCCCCCCCCCCCCCAGCAGCGGUGGGGCACGGGGGUCCCCGAGCCCCCCGCGCCCCCCCCUCCUGCCGCCACCGGAGAGAGAGAAACCGGCCCGACCGUGCCGCUGCCCACCCCCGGCCCCUCCCCGGCUCCCACCGUGGGACCCCCGCACCCCAGGACUCGCUGCUUUGGGGGGGGGACGGGGGUCACCCGCAGCCCCCUCCCCUCCCGGUGCCCCCCACCCAAACCAGCACGCCGGGGCCCCGGGGCCGAGCGGCGGCGGCAGCGCCGGGGGCGGGGGGGGGGGGCAGCGGAGGCACCUUGGACCAACGGCCGUUCCCUCGGCUUGUGAUUUUCCCUUCAUUUUCCUUUUUUUUUUUUUUCUUUUUUUCCUAUUUUUCUCUUUCCACGAGUCUUUUUUUUUGGGGGGGUUCUUUUUGGUUUUUGGGUUUUUUUGGGUUUUUUUUGGUUUUUUUUUUUCUUCCCGGGAUGCAAACUCCAGGCGCCCGAACUGGAACCCGCCCCGAGCUGGCGGCUCCCUGACAAUUAGGGAAGAUUUCCUCGGUUUUGCCGAUUUCUGACCGUUUUUCCCCCCCCCCUCCCCGUUUCCCGCCGGGAAGGGGGAGGCGCCGGCACAAAGCACAAGGAAAAACUCGACGGGGCGAACCAUCUUCCCCUUCUCUCCAAAUAAGGCGCCUCCGGCCCCGUUUCACCAGGACCCGCCGGAAUCCGCCCCUUGGCUUCACCCAAAUUGGAUUUUCCGGCCCCAAAUCCGUGGCCACGCCCGGCCCCGGCACCUUGGGGGUGGAUUUUGGAGGUUUAUUGUUAUUUUUUGCCUCCUUUUGUCUUUUUUUGCCCCCCUGGGCCCGGCCCUGGCGCCGCCUGGUCCCUCCAGCCACCUCCUAUUAAACACAUUUUUCCACUCUCAAAUAGUCUUUUUUUUUUGUUUUUUUUAAUUCUUUUUCACUCCCUCAGCUCAGUCCUGCCCUGUACAGAAUUCCGGUUUUUCACCCCGUUUUCCCAUAACUCUGAACUCCAUCGCUCUCAUUCCAAAGUUUUGCCUCUUCUUCUCCAACGGUUUCACCACUUGUAGGACUUUCCUUUUUUUUUUUUUUUUUUUUUCCCUUUUAAUCCAUUUUUGGGAGCCCAAUCAGCUGCCUCCUUAAUUUAUUACCACGGAUCCGGCAUCUCCCUCUCUCCAUAUUUAUUGGGAAGUGAGGAACAGCCGCAGCCCCCUGGGGGACCCCCCACGCCGCUGUCCAUCUGUCCGUCCGUCCGUCCGGCCCCCUCCCGCCGCUCCCGCCGCUCCCGCUGCCGUCGCUCUUUUUAAAGGGAUUUUUAAAAGCGAAUUUCUUCCGUUUAUCCCGUUUUUAAGCCUUCUCCGUCGCAAAGGACCCGGAUCCCUCACUCACUCACUCGGGAGCAAUAGUCCUUCCUCGAUGGCCGAUGUGUCCUGUACUGUAUUUUGUACCCUCAGGCAGCUCUUUCCGGUGAAUUCCUGCUGUAUCCACCCAUCCUCCUGGUCCUGUGUUCUUUGCCACGGAGAAAAACCAUAAACCACGACGGCGACGACGGAUUUGGGGGGAAAAAAACGCUCCCAGCUCCGCGGGACUCACCGGCGUCCAGCCGCGGGACCUCUCCUUUUAUUUUUGAAGAGGAUGAGAUAUAUAUAUAUAUAUAUAUAUAAAAAAAUAUAUAUAUAUUCCUUUGGGUUUCUUUCUUUUGGCUGAAUUGCGGUGAUUUAGCCUUAUUUCUACUCUGGGAGAGCGGCGGAAUCGCUGCCGGCCCGGCCCAGCUCUGGGGAGCUGGCUAGAAAUACAUGGAAGAGGAAAAAAAAAAAAAAAAAAAAGGCAAAACCACCAAAAUCCAGUAAUAAACCCAAAAAAGCAGCUCCCGGCGUUGGCUCAGGGAGCCUUUCCCGGCCAGAGAAGCGCUGGAUCCAUGGACACAACCUCCCACAGCUCCAUUUGGGUGGGAAGAGCAGAGCACGUCGGGGGAAGACAGCGGAAAAAAACAGCCAAAAUGAGAUAAAAUAGGGAAAAAAAGGGGAUUUGAGGUGCCAGCGUGAGCGAGGGGAGCGGCCAUGGGGGAGGGGAUCCUGGGGGGCAGUUUUGGGGUUUUUUUUUCCUCUUGGAGCCCCCCAGGAGGCGUUGGGUGUUUCCCAGGAAAGCGGGACAACGCCGGCAUCUCCCCUGAACCCCCUUCCCAUCUCUGUGUGUAUAGACAUGGCUGUGUGUACAUAGCUCAGAUUCGGUUGGGUUUUGGGUUGAAUUCUGUAGAAAAUGGGCAAAUUGCUUUCUUUUUUUUUAUUUUAUUUUAUUUUUAAUCCACACAUAGGGGGAAAAUAUCCCGAAUUCCUGGUACUUCCAGCUUUGCUGCCCCAGAGGGGCUGAUGGAGAACGCGAUGAUGGCUGUACAGACAGAACAUUGGAAGUCUUGUACAAAGCCCCAAAACCCACUGGAAAAUACCCCAAAUGGCUGGGUCUGGAGCGGGUGGUGCUUCCAGGGCAAGUUCAAACAGCUUCAGUUCUUUUUGCCCUAAAAAACACAAAAGAAAAUUCGGAUUCUCCUGCCUUGUUUCCAGGCGAUUUGGGGGCAGUGGGGGGUGGUUUGGGGGGGCCGUGCCAGUGGCGGCUCCUCACAUCGAUGACAAAACCAACCCAGCCCCUCACUGGCCUCUCAUAAAAAAAGCAAAAA